AUUGAAAUUCGAAAUCUUUUGGUUAUACAGUGGCAUCCGCCUGUCUCUCUGCUCUGAUUCUUGAGUCAACCUCUCUCUCACUCUCUGUAUCACACCAUCAUUGUUAAUGGAGGCUAAGCUCUCAGAAGCUGCUAUUCGGGCCAUUUUGUGGCCCCAGUCACCAUCUUCCUCAAGACCCGUCCAGCACUCUGCCUUGAACACGAAUCUUAACACAACCCACAAAUCCAUUCAAUCAAAUACAGCGACGAAAGGAAAAGGGUAUCGCCCUCUUCAAGUUUCGUCGUCUCCCAUCAGCUAUACGAGGAAGAAAAGGGUGGAUGAAAGUGAGACUUUGACUCUAAAGAGUAUAAGACGCUCACUUAUCCGACAAGAGGAUAGCAUAAUUUUUGGUCUUUUGGAGAGGGCUCAAUACUGUUACAAUCCAGACACAUAUGAUCACAAUGCCUUCUCUACGGAUGGGUUCCGUGGUUCUUUGGUGGAGUUCAUGCUUCGAGAAACUGAAAAGCUUCAUGCUCAGGUGGGCAGAUAUAAGAGCCCAGAUGAGCAUCCUUUCUUCCCAACCGAGUUACCUGAGCCGAUGCUUCCACCUUUGCAGUAUCCACAGGUUUUGCAUCCUUCUGCUGCUUCAGUCAACAUAAACAGAAAAAUUUGGAAUAUGUAUCUUAGAGAUCUUCUUCCAAGACUGGUAAAACCGGGAGACGAUGGUAACAGUGGAUCAACUGCUACUUGCGACACAAUUUGCUUGCAGGCACUCUCGAAGAGAAUCCAUUAUGGUAAAUUUGUAGCAGAGGUGAAAUUUCGAGAAUCCCCCUCCAGCUAUGAGGCUGCCAUUAGAGCUCAAGACAGUUCUCGGCUAAUGGAGUUGUUGACAUACGAAACAGUUGAGGCGGCAGUCAAGACAAGAGUGGAGAUGAAAGCCAAAACGUAUGGCGUCGAGGUAAGAAUCAGUCAAGAAGAUGACGCUUCCGAUCCAGUGUACAAAAUCAGGCCGAGUUUGGUUGCCAAACUUUAUGGAGAUUGGAUCAUGCCUCUGACAAAGGAAGUUCAGGUCGAAUACUUGUUGAGAAGGUUGGAUUAAAAUUUCGGCUGACAUGUUCAUCUCAGUUUUCACUUUAUUCGGAUAGAAAUUAGCUUUUGUUUUUACUUGGAGGAGGAAUCGGUUAAAAUGCUCUUGUAUGAAUCGCAGCAGUCGACAUAUUAGCAGAUUUUUGAUAGGCUUGAUAUACAAGCCGGACAAUCCCAGCGGUGAAUUGUCCUCGCAUGAGUUAAGGAGUUUAACAAUACGUUUAUGCUUGGUUUGUUUAUCAAGCGAGCUGAUCUGAAAUGCGUUUUGAGCU